AUGCUGCCGUACCUGUUCCCCGAUCUGUCCACCUUUACUACAGUCGCCGACCUUAUCACCCACCUUCGCACUAGUGAUGCUCGCCUGCGUGCCGCCCUUCCCACCGAGUUCUGCGCUAAGAACCCCCCUCCACUGUACUGGACACUCCACUUCAUAGUCACCCGUCUCCCUGACACCCUCCGCUCAGUUCGAGACCACUUCCUUGCUCGCUGUCCCACUGAGCUCACAGUCGCCCUCCUAGAGGAGCACCUGCUCGCGGCCGAAAAGAGCAUUGUAGCUGUUGGUGCUGCUCGUGGCGCUCCUCGCACCCCCAUCUUUGAGGGGUGUUCUCCCUCUCCCCUCGCUCCCUCCUACGCUGCUGCUGCUGCUGUUGACUUCCUUGGUGCUGAGUCUGUUGGCGCUGCUUCUGCUCCUGGUGGGAGGCGCCGCACCGGCAAGGGCAAGGGGGGCAAGGGUGGUGGUGGUGGCGCUGGGGGGGGAGGAGGUGGGGGAGGUGGGGGGGGAGGCGGUGCUGGAGGGAGCGGUGGCGGGAGCGCUGGUGGGAGUGGGGUCGGUGGUGGAGGCGGGGGCGGCGGCGGAAGCAGUGGCAGUAGUGGCGGCGGCGGCGGCGGCGGUGGCGGCGGUGGUGGCGGUGGUGGCGGUGGCGGUCGGAGCGGUGGUAGUGGUGGCGGCGGAGGUCGGAGUGGAGGCACUGGCUCGGGCCAGAGCUCCCAGCAGCAGCAGCGUCCCCAGACGACCCAGCAGCUUCGUGAGUGGCUUGCUCAGCGUGGGACGUCGGGGGGCAGUGGCCGCUGUUCUUAUGUCAUUCGCACAGGUGACCGCAAGGGACAGACGUGUGGGAGGUUCCACACCCCGUACCGCUGCUUCUCCCGCCUUGACGACGCUUGGCGUGAGGAGAUGGGCGCGGAUGUUGAGCGCCCCCGCUGGGCUGAGCUCAUGAGGGCUGGUGUUGAUGUCUUUGCUCUUGACUAUGAUGCUAUUAUUGCUGCCAUGUAUGCAUUGACUGUUAGUGCCGAGGGAGACUGUUACUUGUGUGUGCCACCUGACCCAGGUAUAGAGCCCGCUGCCCUGGGUACUAGUGAGUCUGCUCUCUCUGGUAUGGUGCCCCCUGUACUUGCUCCCCCCAGUGCUGUCCUGGCUGGUUUCGAGUCUGCUCUCUCAGGUACAGCACCCACAGAGACUGCUCUCUCAGGUACCGCACCGGCUGAGGCCUGUCACACCUUCACCCUUGACUCAGGUGCUUCCCGUUGCUUCUUUCGUGACAGUACUGAGCUCACACCGCUUCCUGCACCGGUCCCAGUCUCCUUGGCUGACCCCUCUGGGGGCCCAGUCCUUGCCCAGUCCACCACUGUCCUCCCUUGUCCGGCGGUUCCGUCUGGCUCGUUGUCGGGUUUCCACCUCCCCUCGUUCUCGACGAACCUGGUGAGCAACGCUGUCCUCCAGGAUCAGUGGGUUGACACCUUUACCCCUGGCGGACAGCGUGUGGCGAUCUGCACGUGCUCCAGGACCGGCCGUCACCUGGCUACGUUUACCCGUCGGCCGGGGUCGAGUCUCUACACACUGACCACUGCGUCUCCUCAGGUCGCUGCUGUCGGUCAGGUGUCUGCGUCAGGUCUGGUAGCCCACGCCUGUGAGUGUCGUUCCCUGUCGCACCAGACUCUUCUCUGGCACCACCGCCUGGGUCACCCCUCCUUGCCACGCCUUCGUGGCAUGCACCGUCGCCACCUUGUGUCUGGUCUUCCCAGGUCCCUCCCUCCCCUCCCUGCCUCGCCUGCGCCGCCUUGCCUUCCUUGCGUCGAGGGGCGGCAGCGCGCCGCUCCUCACUCCUCCUCGUUCCCCCCGACAGAGGCUCCUCUGCAGACCCUCCACCUGGACGUGUGGGGCCCAGCCCGCGUUCGUGGUCAGGGUGGUGAGCGGUACUUUUUGCUGGUUGUCGACGACUACUCGCGUUACACCACGGUCUUCCCCUUGCGCACCAAGGGUGAGGUCCCUGCUGUUCUGAUCCCUUGGAUCCGCACGGUUCGUCUCCAGCUCCGCCGCCGUUUCCGGACGGAUCUUCCUGUCCUGCGUCUGCACUCUGACAGAGGUGGUGAGUUUUCCUCCGAUCUCUUGAGGACCUUCUGUCAGGCGGAGGGCAUCGAGCAGACCUUCACGCUUCCGGACUCCCCACAGCAGAAUGGGGUUGCUGAGCGCCGCAUUGGCCUGGUCAUGGAGGUCGCUCGUACCUCCUUGGUCCACGCGGCGGCUCCCCAUUUUCUGUGGCCGUUUGCUGUCCGGUACGCCGCGCAUCAGCUCAACCUCUGGCCCCGUGUCUCCUUGCCGGAGACCUCGCCCACUCUGCGUUGGACGGGGGAGGUUGGCGAUGCGUCGCGCUUCCGGGUGUGGGGUGCUCGUGCCCUUGUCCGCGAUACGUCCGCGGACAAGCUCUCCUCCCGCACGCUUCCCUGUGUCUUCCUUGGCUUUGUCCCUGACGCGCCUGGCUGGCAGUUUUACCACCCCACCUCGCGCCGGGUCUUCGCCUCUCAGGAUGUCACCUUUGACGAGUCGGUCCCUUUUUACCGUCUCUUCCCCUACCGCACUGCCCCCCUCCCUCCCCCGCCGCUUUUCCUUGCUCCUGGUCCCCCUCCGGUAGACCCCCUUCCCCCUCAGGGUCCUGCUCCUUCAGGUGUCUCUCAGGUAGACCCUCCUCCCGUCGCUGAGCCUGUCGAGGUCACAGGUGACUCAGGUGCUGCUGCGGGUGGUGCUGCUGGGAGUGCUGAGCCUGGGGGUGCUGAGCUUGGGGAGCAGGUCCUUCGCUAG